AAUCUUCAGUUCUCCGUCUCUCUCUGUCUCCGCCAGAUCGUCCACUUCACACCAAAAAGGGGGGCUAAAACAACAAUGUUAAGCAUCUCAAGGCCAAGCGGGUGUAAAUGAAGAUAAAAAGCCAGGUUCCCAGGUCCCCACCCAAGGAUAUCUACCACAGCAUCCCCGUCUAGUCUCGCCACACCUCCAACGACACUCGCCGCAUCGACACCGCUGUGCCCAUCACACACUACACGUCCAAACGUCCAAAAAAAUGGCCCUCAGCUUUGUCGCCAUGACAGUCCUGCUGGGCUCUUCCAUGGUGGUGGCGCUCGUAAUUCAGACGCCGAAGGAGGACCUCCAAGGGGAUCCCGCCAUCGCUCCCCUCUCUGCACACCAAAGGUGCCAGAGGGCUGCUCUGCCAUCCAUCAGGAGGAACCUGCUCAAGGCCCUGAACCUGAGGGCGGAGCCCCAGCUGCCCAUUGGUCAGCUGGAGGCUAUCAGAGCGCAGUGGAAAAAUACCUUCAGCGCUAUUGGCCACAGCUCCAAGGGCACCACAGGUUCAGCUCCGUCUGACCACCUGCCUGCAGUGGCACCUGGAGUCGGCAACGGCACAGACCUCAAGUGUUGCCAGGUGGCAUCUCUAAUCUCCCUGGAAGAUCUGGCCUGGGACAACUGGGUGAUCUACCCUGAGAGCUUCACGGUGGUGCAGUGCACACCCUGCAACUCCAACAACGUGCACUGCCCAGGCCAUCCACCAGUAGCCGUUCACGACGUCCCCUCGCAGCUCCAGUGCUGCGAGCCAAUCUCCAAGGAGACGGUGCCCAUUGUGUACAUGGACGAGCUCAACUCCCUGGUGAUCUCUUCUGCGGUGCUGACCCGCCAGUGUGGCUGUGGGGCCGAAGUCCACAUAGUGCCAACUGAAGAGUAAACCCCCCAAACAAAUCUGCCCAAAAUGGGGGGAAGUUUUGUGAAAGCUGAUACUUUUCAACAUUAGCUUGUGAUGUUGGAUAAUUGUGAGGAUUAUGUUUGGUUUAACUGUUAAUACUGUGUGUGUGUACACAGAACUAUUAAAAGCCAAGUCUUAUUUCACAACACUAUCUGAUUAGUUGCCAGCGAAUAAACAAACCCUCUGAGGUCUAAUGUUCCCUCCAAAAAUGUGAACACAGUGCAGCACGCCAAAGUCCAUAACCUUUCACAAAGAACGAGCUUUUUAAACGUAAUCAAAGUCAGCUUUGUAUAUGUUCAGCAAUAAUGCAUGAUGCACUGACCGUUAAACCAACAUAAUGCAAAGGCUGUACUUUAUAUAUAUUUUUUCUUCAUAAAUAAUACAGCUCUUCCAUGUUUCCUGCUCCCUUGUGCUUGAGUUAGCUUAAUCUGCGCUCUCAUUCCCAUGGCAAUGUUCCAGAGACGUGGUGCUCUGCAAAGGCAGAACACAUUAGCUAUUCAGCUGCAUAAAGCGUUGCCUUUUUUUAAAAUACAGAUAAUUAUGUAUCUGGGAUAGAUAAUGCAAUUUCUGAAAAUAAUUGAAUCGUGUUUUUGCUGUGUACGCGUUCUUUUAGCAGAAAAUAUGGAACAUGCAAUUGUCAACAGCAAGUUAGAACACAUGAAGCAACUCAUGGUGUCGUCUUCCAUUUAAACGAUUCACAAAGAUUUUUUUCUCUAGUCUUGGCUAUGGCACAGAAUUAAUUUUUCCAUUGUGUUUGUUCAAGUGUUUGCUUGCCUGUUUUAGCUUAAUACCUUACUACUUUUUAGUUUUAAACCACUAAGUUGAUUCUAUUAAUCCCUUCACAGUAUAUUUAUAGAUAUAUAACGUAAGCAUAUAUCUCUCACAAAACCAUUAAUAUCUUAAAUAUUAAUACGGCUAAUACUGACAAUUCAAUAUUAACAAGUAUGUUAUGCAAUGUUUGAAAAGGACCUCCCUUUGCUAGCUGGUCCGUUAUAACCUCUGAUAAUUGUGCACUCAUCACUUAAAUAAACAUGACUUUCCUUUGAA